AUGCAGAAGGCUCUGCAGCCGGUAUCAAAGGCAAAGCAUUUCUGCAAGACUCAUGCCAAGGUCUUGAGAAGAGUUGUCCUGGGGCUCCUUGGAGUAGCCUACCUGUGCUACUUCAUUGUGGCCUGUUACCUCAGCUUCCAGCGAGCCCUUGCUUUGGUGAUCAUGACUGCUGUGGUUGCCUUCUUCAUCUGCUGGGACAUCUUCAAGAAGCACUGUGGGGGAAAGGUUCUGCUGCUCCUCCGCCCUGUUGGGAAGUGCUUCCGAAAGUCCUGGCCAUGGCUGAAAUGGCUCUUGUGGGUGGCCCUCCUGGCAGGCCUGAUUGUGUGGCUGGCUUUGGACACUGGCAGAAACCCAGAGCAGCUCAUUUCAUUAGGCGGCUUCUGCUUUUUGGUGCUGUUCCUGUUUGCCUUCUCCAAGCACCAUGGUGCGGUGUCCUGGAGAGCCGUUUUCUGGGGCCUUGGUUUGGAGUUCUUACUCGGACUCUUUGUCCUCCGAACAACUCCCGGCACCCAAGCUUUCCAAUGGCUGGGAGACCAGAUCCAGUACUUCCUGGGCUACACCACAGCUGGCUCCAGCUUUGUCUUUGGGAACACACUCAUUCAAGAAGUCUUUGCCUUCCAGACCCUGCCCAUCAUUGUUUUCUUCAGCUGUGUGAUGUCCAUCCUCUACUACCUCGGUGUCAUGCAGUGGCUUAUUCUCAAGAUCUCCUGGCUGCUUCAAGUCUCAAUGGGCACCACUCCCACUGAGACUCUCAGUGUGGCAGGAAACAUUUUUGUGGGACAGACCGAAGCCCCGCUGCUCAUCCGCCCAUACCUCCCAGACAUGACCCUGUCAGAAAUCCAUGCUGUGAUGACCGGUGGCUUUUCCACCAUCGCAGGCAGCGUGAUGGGUGCCUACAUAUCCUUUGGGAUUGAUGCAGCAUCACUGAUCGCAGCUUCUGUAAUGGCUGCACCCUGUGCCCUCGCCAUGGCCAAACUCGUCUACCCUGAAGUGGAGGAGUCCAAGUUCAAGGGCAAAGCAAGCAUCCGCCUCUCCAGUGGGGAAGAGCAGAACAUCUUGGAAGCUGCUAGCAAUGGGGCUGCCACCUCCGUGGGGCUCGUUGCCAACAUCGCAGCCAACCUCAUCGCCUUCUUGGCCGUGCUGGAGUUCAUCAAUGCUGCCCUCCGCUGGUUCGGGGAGAUGGUAGACAUUGAGGGUCUGACUUUCCAGGUGAUCUGCUCCUAUGUCCUCAUGCCUGUGGCCUUUCUCAUGGGGGCAGACUGGGAAGACUCACCGCUGGUGGCUGAACUCCUGGGGAUCAAGAUCUUCCUGAAUGAGUUUGUGGCGUACCAGCAGCUGGCCAAAUACAAGAAGAACCGUCUGAUGGGCCUGGAGGAGUGGGAUGGGAACCGGAAGCAGUGGAUAUCUGAACGAGCUGAGAGCAUCACCACCUUUGCCCUCUGUGGAUUCGCCAACCUCAGCUCCAUUGGCAUCACUCUGGGAGGCCUGACUUCCAUGGUGCCCCAGCGCAAGGGUGACUUUGCCUCCGUGGUGCUACGGGCCCUGCUCACUGGCAUCUGCGUUUCCAUGCUCAAUGCCUGCCUGGCAGGUCUCCUCCAUGUGCCAACACAGGUGGGUGACUGCACAAUGUUCUUCAGCACCACCAACUUCAGCUCGACCACCUACACUAUGUACACCUGCUGUAAGCAGCUCUUUGCCAGCUCAGUGCUCCUGAAUGGGACACUCUCCUUCACGGGAUCCUGGGCUGAGCAGGCAGAGAGCGUGCUCUGGCUCGGAGAGUGCUGUGUGUACUACAACCACACGUCCUGUGCAGGGACAAUCUAGAACUGGGGGAACGACAAGGCCUAUCCCCAGAGGUAGAAAAAACCCCAAGAGAAACCUGAGCAUUUGGUUUCCACUCCUGUGCUGACGAACAGCUGUGUGCACCUUGCAACCUGCAGCCUUAGCUGCUGGCCCAGGGGACACAAGGGAGCAGCUCCCAAAUAAAUGAUGGCAACCCUUGUA